GUUGGCUUUUCUAAAUUCGUAUGUUUUGAGCGAUCGACUAUACAAUUAAUUACAUUUUAAAUUUUAUUUUGACUCAUGAUAUUCGAAAUUGUAGUUUUGUCUUGAAAGCUUAAAUUUUGCAUCCCAUAAAUAUGGUAAGAGUAGUGGAAGAUGUAUUUGGAAUCGCAGUUAAUCCCAUGACCCAAAAAACCGAUCAUGUGCGCCGUUUCACAUUGUUUACGGAAAAGGGCAUGUCCGUGGCUAUAUUAACAUUGGGUGGUAUUGUACAAAGCAUCAAGGUGCCAGACGCUAAUAACAAGCUGGAAGACGUUUGUCUAGGCUAUGAUGAUGUCGCCGGUUAUUACCGUAACCAAAAAUUGUAUUUUGGGGCUAUAGUUGGACGAGUGGCGGAUCGAGUGUCACGCGGCCAAUUCAAGCUGUGUGGCAAAGAUAUAAAUCUAUCUCGAAACUACAAGGAUCUUUACCAUCUGAAUGGCGGCUAUGUGGGCUUUGAUAGCGUAAUCUGGGAUGUGGUUGGCAUACACAAGGAUGGUGUUACUUUGCAGCAUGUUUCACCGGACGGGCACGAGGGCUAUCCGGGCGAGAUAACAGUCAAUAUUAACUAUUCACUUAAUGAAACGGGUUGCUUGGGCUUGCGGAUAGAGGCGCGUGCGAAGGACACCACCUGCAUCAACAUUGGUCACAAUUGUCUUUUUAAUCUAGCAGGUCACAGUACGGGUAGGGACACACUCCUCCAACAUAUGAUAAUGAUAAAGGCGAAUUCGCUUGUGGAUACGGAUCUUGAACAGAUUCCCACUGGCAAAAUAAUGCCAGUGCGUAAUACUCCCUAUGACUUUACCACGUUAACCAAUUUGGGAAAACGACUUAAUCAGGUUUAUCGUUGUCCAAUUAGCGGGUUUGAUAACAACUACUGCGUGGAUGUAGAUCCAAAUCUAGUGAAGUUAGUUGCCCGCGCGGUUCAUCCAUGUUCGGGUCGAUUUAUGGAAAUUCAUACCAAUCAACCUGGACUGCAUUUCUAUACAGCAAACUCUUUGCCCGAAGAAGAGCGCGGAGAUAUUCCCAAUGUUGGGAAGGGCGGUACUCAUUAUGCACAACACGGUGCAUUCAGCUUGCGGACUCAAAAAUAUCCUGAUGCGAUGAACAACUCGGAUUUCCCAACGACUAUUGUUAAUCCGGGUCAAUUAUAUGAUCAUCAAGUGGUUUAUAGAUUUGGUGCAUGCCCAAAACGUGUGUAAGAAUUGGUAUCUAAUAACAUUUGCCAAAAAUAAAUAAUAUCAAAAAAUGAGUAGUAGAUAAAA